GGAGCUUUUCACCCCUGAAGAUCCUCCUGAAGAUCUGCUCAGCCGCUGGACUGAACCGAGCCCACGGCAUUCUUGAGGGAUCCAACUUUUUCCCCCCGGUGAUUCGGACCCCUCCCCCCCCUGCUGCCCCCGGUGGACCGGGCCGUGUCAGUCCCGCUGUAAGCCCCGCAGUCUGGCCCGGUUCCCCGCGGAUCCCCGCGGCCGGAGCUUGCCCUCCCGAUCCGGGGCGACUCCGAGGAGUGAGCCCGAGCUGAGCCAUGGAUUACACGGAGCUGGGGCGGCACUUCGAGGAGAAGCUGGCGCUGUCGGAGCAGAGUCUGCCCCUGCAGCCGGACUCCCAGGCCUUCCAGAGCGGGGACAAGGACCCCCUGACCUCUGACGACUCCGCCGUGUCGGAUCUCUCUCCCCAGACCGAAUCCAGCCCCAAAACAGACACCCCCACCAAAACAGACACCCCCACCCCCAAGACAGACACCCCCACCCCCAAGACAGACACCCCCACCCCCAAGACAGAUGGCUCCUCCAAGACGGAGGCCCGCCCCUCCACGCCCGGCUCCGCCAGCAGCCCUCAGCCCAAGAAAGAUUCGAUGAGCUCAGAGCAACGACAGAAACUGGCCAAAGAGCGGAGAGAAGAGAGAGCCCGAUACAUCGAGCAGCAAACGCAGAUUCAAGCUACCAAGAAGGCCCAGUGGCUGGAGAAGGAGGACAAGGCCCGGCGCCUGAGGGAGAGCCAGCUGGAGGAUCGCAGGAGGAAGCUGGAGGAGCAGAGGCUGAAGGCCGAGAAACGGCGGGUGCUGCUGGAAGAGAAGCAGAGACAGAAACUAGCCAAGAACAAAGAGCGGUACGAAGCAGCCAUAAAGAGGUCCACCAAGAAGACGUGGGCGGAGAUCCGCCAGCAGAGGUGGUCCUGGGCCGGCGGACUCAACCAGACCUCCAGGAGAGAAAGCAGAUGCUCGGCCUCCACGGUCAACUUGCCGAGACAGGUGGACCCUGUCAUUAACAACAGGCUGUCCAAGUCUUCCGCCACGCUCUGGAACUCCCCCAACAGAACCCGCAGCCUGCGCCUGAGCCCGUGGGAGAGCCGCAUCGUGGAGCGGCUCAUGACGCCGACACUGUCCUUCCUGGCCCGCAGCCGCAGCGCCGUCACCCUCCUGAACGCCAGCGGCGACUCCCACUCUCACCACUGCUCCCGUUCAGCCUCGGCCAGCCCGCUCACCGCCUGCUCUCACCAGCACCACAGCAACGCCGAGCGCUGGCGAGUGUCCUCCGCCAGCACGCCGGACAUCACGCAGCGCCAGCGCCGGCGGAACUCCACUCCGGUGGAUAAAAAGAAGAAAGAGAAGAAAGACAAGGAGAGAGAGAACGAGAAAGAGAAGAUCGCCAUCACCAAAGACAGAGUGCAGAAGAAGAGGCCGACGACAUCGCCGGCCGCCACCACCCACAGAUCCCGGCCCGAGACCAGCACCCCGAGGGCCAGAAACAGACCUCCAUCACCCGCCGCCCCCAAAAGCCGGCCCCUGUCGCCCCUGGUCCCGGCUGUCGCGACCCCCAAGACGCCCGCGACCUCCAGGACGCCCACCAGCUCCAAGACGCCCACGGGCAAGAAGACGCCUGCUCCGUCUGGCACCAAGACCCGACCCAAGCGGGCCUCCACGCCCGCCAGAGUGCUGCCCCAGACUGUUGCUCCGGUCUCCGUGGAAACCAGACCAGAUCCCCAGCAGGCUGUCGCCCCAGAGGAGAAGAAGACUUCCAGUCCUGUUCCUGCCAUUGUGGUGUCAUCUGCGCCGAUCACGCCUCCGUCUCUCAGCCCAGCAGUCCAGUCAGCAGCGACUCCAUCUGCACCAAGCACAGAGCUGACUCCUGCAGCUCCAGCAGCUCCAGCAGCUCCAAAAGCUCCAGCAGCUCCAGCAACCCCUGCAGCUCCUGCAGCUCCUGCAGCCGCCUCCGCUCCACCUUCCACCGCUGCUCCUGCUGCAUCCGCAGGAAGACCAUCAGCUGGCACAAACAACCCGGAGGAGGCUGCUCGCAUCCUGGCAGAGAAACGAAGGCAAGCCCGAGAGCAGCGGGAGAGGGAGGAGCAGGAGCGUGUGGAGCAGGAGCAACGCAACAGGCUCCUUCGGGAGGAGGCGAUGGCCCGGGAGGUCGAGGAGAGGAAGCGCAGAGAGGAGGAGGCUCGCUUCAUGGCGGAGCAGCAGCGACUGAUGGACGAGGCCCAGCGAGCUCAGGAGGAGAAGGAGGCGGAGGAGAGAGCAAAGGCAGACGAGGAGGAGAACGAGAGGCUGCAGAAGCAGAGAGAGGAGUCUGAAGCCAAAGCCCGGGAGGAGGCAGAGCGUCAGCGCAUCGAGAGGGAGAAACACUUCCAGAAGGAGGAGCAGGAGCGUCUGGAGAGGAAGAAGCGCCUGGAGGAGAUCAUGAAGAGGACCCGGAAGAGCGACGCAGGAGAGAAGAAGGACGUCAGAGCCUCUCCACAGGUCAACGGCGCUGCUCCCAGUCCAGCUCCAGGGAGCCUGCAGGGCCCCGCCCCCGCGGCCCCCAGCCCCUCCCAGAGCAGCCCCGUGGUCGUCAACGGCGUCCAGCCCAGCGCCCACCAGAACGGCGUCUCUGCCAACGGGGACCUGCAGGAGCGGGCCGGAGAGCCCUUCCUGAUGAAGACGCCCCCCAUGAAGCCUCAGCACGUAGCAGAGGUCCUGUGAGUCGCCAUGGAGACGGCCUCCACGCCGCUUCUGCAACAGAGUGCCAAACAACCGGAGUUGGACUUCACUGGACUCUCAUCCGAGGAGGAAGAGGAGAAGGAGGAGGAGGAGCUGAACUCUGCCUGAAACUCAUCUGAAACAUUAAAUCAAGCGUAUUCUGUCUUCACUGCGUGUUCGGUGCAGCAUCUGUAGAGUUUUACUGAAAUGUCGAUGAUGCGCCUCAAAGACGACCGACUGUAACAAAUCAUAGAAAAUCUAUCUGGCCCUGGGUCAGCCUUAUAUUUGACCGUGGUUGUCGUGGUUACUAUUGUUACGAUGUUGUUCUCGUUACCUUCGCUUGUGUUUUUGUCCUGAACUUAUUUAAGGCGGCAGCGUUGAACGAGAUGUAAAUGUGAGACGAGCGGCCGCCUCGGCCUCCUGCUGCAGGAGAUCUGUGAAAUAAAGCUUUCUGAAAGGGA